AUGGUUUCCGACAAGGGUUUGGUCUGUGAAGAUGUUCUUCAUGAACUUUUUCCUGUCGGAAUGCAUGUUCUUGCCGUUGAUGAUAGUCUAGUUUGUUUGAAACUGUUGGAGAAUAUGCUUCUCAAAUGCCACUAUAAAGUUACUACAACUACGGAUUCGGUGAAAGCAUUGGAAAUGUUGAGGGAGAAUAAAGAUAUGUUUGAUUUGGUUAUUUGUGACGUUAACAUGCCUGAGAUGGAUGGAUUCAAGCUUCUGAAGCAAGCUGGACAACUUGAGAUGGAUCUACCUUUUAUCAUGUUGUCGGGGCAUGGUGAUACGGAAAGCGUGAUGAAAGGUGUGAUGAACGGUGCGAGUGAUUAUAUAUUGAAACCGAUACGAAUGGAAGAGGUGAAGACUAUUUGGCAACAUGUUGUGAGAAAGAAGAUUGAUGGAAAAGAUCUGCAGAAAAAAAAAAUCGGCGAUGUUGCUAGGGUAUGUAGUCCUGAUACAACAUCUGAUCAAAAUGUUGCUGAGAAGGAUCAAAUUCCAGGACGAAAAAGAAAAGAUCGAAGCGAUUCUGAGGAAGAUAAUGAUACGGAUGGAUCUACCGAGAAGAAGCCUCGUUUCGUUUGGGAUAAUGAGUUGCAUAACAAAUUUGUCGUUGCAGUGAAUCAGCUUGGUUUUGACAAGGCAUAUCCUAAGAAAAUACUCGAAUUAAUGAAUAUCGAAGGGCUUACGAGGGAGAAUGUCGCUAGUCAUUUGCAGAAAUUCAGAUUGAGCCUCAAAAGAUCAGAUAAACUGUUUAGAACUGAUGCUACAUUGGAUUCUACUAGUCCUUAUUUGCAAAAGGGUUCAGUAGGUGGAAGAAGGUUUAUAAACAGCGCAUUACCAUCAUAUGCAUCACCAUCGUAUGGAUCCGGUCAAUUAGUCUGUCGGCUAAACACGCCAUCUGCAUUGAACUUCAGAAGGACGAGUUAUGGAUCGGUGCCUUCGUAUCAGUCACGGAACAACAUUAAUUGUUUCCAGAUGCCAGUGGUUUCUUCAAAUGAAAGGUUGAGUUUCUCACCGGACUUUCGAACAUCAACUGGGACGAAUCAAUUUCAGCAAAAUAAUUAUCGAACUGGUUAUUCGAAGUUAAGCUCAAUUGAGGAUCCGAAGGGUUUUGCAGCUUCUUCAAGCUUCCAAGGCUUUAAAGUUGCGGUUAAUAAUGCAAAUAGCAGUUUGGUUUCUUGCGUCCCAAGCAUUCAUCAUCCAGUAGCAGACUAUGAAGCUUCUAACUGA